AUGGCCGACCUAGGCAAGAAGUACUGCGUGAACUGCCUGGCAGAUGUUACGAAUUUACGGAUUCGCUGUGCCGAAUGCCAAGAUAUUGAACUUUGCCCGGAGUGCUUCUCCGCGGGCGCCGAAAUCGGCAACCACAGGCGAUGGCAUGGCUAUCAGCAAGUUGACGGCGGUCGUUUUUCGCUCUGGGGUGCAGACGCAGAGGGAGGAUGGACUAGCAGGGAAGAGCAAUCGCUGCUCGAUGCCAUCGAGCAAUAUGGAUUUGGUAACUGGGAGGAUAUGGCUGCCCAUGUUGGUGCAUCACGCACCCCUCAGGAGGUCAUGGAUCAUUAUGUUUGCAUGUAUAUCCAUGGGAAUCUGGGCAAAGCCUGCAUCCCUGACAGCAUCCCUAACCGUGUGACAGACCAUACUUGCCCUAGUGGUGGUCCGUUGUCCCCUAGUUUGACCACCCCAUUGCCCCCCCUUGAUAUAUCUGUGGCCGAGCAGCAGCAGCUUGGAUACAUGCCACUUCGUGAUGACUACGAGAUUGAAUAUGACCAGGAGGCGGAAAAGCUCAUUAGUGGGUUGUCUGUGAACUAUGAUGAUGAAGAUAUAGAGAUUGAGAUGAAGCGAGCGCAUGUGGACAUGUACGUGCGUAAGUUGCGUGAGCGUCAGCGACGCAAAAACAUUGCUCGUGACUAUAAUCUAGUGCCAACCUUUCUGGGCCGGGACAAAAAAGAUAAAGAGCGAGAGCGGCCAGUUGGGGCAGCAGCAGUUGGAGGGGUGAGUGGAGUCGUUGGAUUGGGAGGAGGAGCCACAAUUAUUCCGACAGGGUCUUUGAGCUCCUCUGUGACCGCAACCCCAAAACGCAAAAUCACCAAGGAAGAGAAGGAGCAGCGGAUUAAACUGUGUGCCCUCUGCCAGUUUAUGCUACAUCGUGAGUUUGAAGAAUUCUUUGAUAGCAUGCACAAAGAGCGCAUGCUGCGUGCAAAGGUUCGGGAGCUUCAGCGCUAUCGCAGGAACGGCAUUACGAGACUUGAAGAGUCAGUCGAGUACGAGGCGGCACGUCACAAACGGGAAAAACGGAAAGAAAACAAAAGUGUUACUGGCUCAAAGAGAGGUAGUAGCGGUGGAGGAGGAGUAUCCGGGCUGGGAGGAGGGGUUGGAGCAGGGGGUUGGGUUGUUGGAGGUGGAGGAGUCAGUGCCAUCAAAGAGGAGGGGAAGGACAGUGAGUUUUCAGCCAUUGAGAACUUGUCUGGAUUCGGAUUGCUUUCAGAUCGGGAGAAGGUACUGUGCAAUUCAAUGAACCUUAGUCCCACACGUUAUCUGACUGUCAAGACUAUCAUCAUCAAGGAUCACCUACAGAAAAGGCAGGGCAUUCCCUCCAAAAGCCGCCUACCCAGCUACAUGGACAAGGUGCUGAGAAAACGUAUCCUAAAUUUCCUGUCAGAGAGUGGCUGGAUAUCAAGAGAAGCCUCCUAAUACUGGCCAAAGAUUUGGCUAUAAGAGUAAUGACUGUAAAUAUAUUUUUCUACUGUUUUAUAUUACAUCUCAUAAACAUCUGUGAGAACAAAAAAGGUGCCACACUACUGGAGGUGGUCCUUCGAUCUGUCUUAUGUCUUUCUUUGAUCUCAUAUCUCCUCAUAGGAACAUAAACAUGGUGAGAUUGCAAAAAUAAUAUUUAAUGUUUCAUCUGGAACUUUUGAGUAUGGUGUCCAGCUUAACAGAUCACAAUAGUAUAAAAAACAUAUUACCCCAUGCUAAAAGGAUUUGUGACUGGAAAGUAAAAGGCCCUGAAAACUGCUGACUAAGCUGGCAUAUACACAAAAUUUACAGUAGUAAAUAAACAAAAAAAAUGUAUUCCAAUUAGAGUUAAGAUUGAAAAAAACAUUGAGAGUUGCCAAUGAAAAACAAAUGCUCCCCACCAAUGGAAUAUCAAAAGACAAGCUUGAUUCCAGCCUUUACACUUAUUGUUGUACAAAGCAGAUAUUUCAAAUUGUUUCACUUUUUUUUUUCUUGGUAAUAAAAAGGAAAAUAAGACAAAGAUCCGUGUUCUGCUUGCCAAAAGUCUUAUGUUUCUGUAUUCCAGUCUACAUUUGCCUGUUUCAGUUUCUAUUGUGUUUUUUUGUGGGAAUGUGUGAAACGUGAAACAUGCUUGAUACUAUCUAAAUGUCAUAUGUUCAUGUUUGAUAGGGAUUGAGUUUUUAUUUUCCUUUUUUGGAGUUGACCUUUGUGAGGUUGUUACUAUAGUUUUUUAAUCGAGCAUGUUUCAGAAGCACAGACUGAAUGGCACAUACCCAGGCUAUAUAAAUUAUUAGCUUGAUGCUGGCAUAGAUCACCAAGAGAGAACAUUUUUCUAUUUUAUCCCUGUUUCCAGAAGGGUAAUAUUAUAUUAUUUGUUAGGAAGUUGUGAUGGAUAAAGCUGGGCUAAAUACAGCAUUAAUGUUUGUAGUCUCACAGUGUAGGCUGUAUGUAGAGACUGUAUGUUAAAAUGCCAUACUAAGUUUUUAUUUUUCAAAUGCUUUGACAAAAUAAUCAUACAAUACCAAAUCGUAGAUUACAACUGAGAAAAACAUAUUUUUCCAUGAUUUGUAAUGUUUUUACUGACUGCUUAUGUCAACCCCAAAGCUAUAGAAAACUUAAAAGCUCUGUUCACAUCAUCAAUGCAAAGAUUUAAAUUUUAAUAUAGUUUUAAAUGUCUAAUAUAUUGAGUCAAAUAGAGUAGAUUUUUAGCCAUUGUUUUUUUUCUCUGUCUCUCUCUCCAUAUGGCCUCUUUUUAGUGUGUAUACCAUAUUGGAAAUAACUGUAUUUUGUGUAAAACUGGUGGAAAGCCAAGGUGGUCGUCCUGUUUCAAUCAUCAAAGAUUUGCGUAAUGUACAGUAGACUGGCUUUUUAACUAUUCCGUAUAUAUAACUGUGCUUACAAAAAAAAAAGAAAAAGGGAAUUAAGGUGCAAAUGGGGAGGUAUCUCUUCAUUAUCUUGGUAUUGUCUGUCACUGCCUUUUUGUGUUUGUUUCUUAAGGUGUUUACAUUUUAGAAAGGCUUAAGCACAUAUACUUUUCUUGUGCUUCAUGGUUGUGAAAUAGGAUCACGUCAAACCAUUCCCAAGGCAUUCUUAAAGAUUACAAUUUUCAUUGAGCUCACUGCACACUUGAUUAUGCAAAAAAAAAAAAAUGUG